UUGGCUCUCCCUCAAUAACUGGGGUCUCCACUGUCUACCACUCUCCCUGAGCAGCUCUGUAACAUCCUCAUUGCCUAGAGUGAAGCAGCCAAACCCCCAAUCAGCAAGGAAGUCAGUGAUGGUUUCAUUAAAAGUAUUUCGCCAAUUAUCUAUUUCGCGUCUUUUAUUAGGAGCGCGCGCAGAAGUUCGGGGAACCUUUACGCUAUUUCUCACUGAUGGCCGUGUUUCAACUCUCUAGAUUGCUUCAUCUUCGUCCUCAACGUUUUUCAUCUGCUCUAAUUCAGAUCCAAGAGAAGAGAUAGGCGAGGAUACACCAUGAGGGGAACGGAAUUGCUAUUUGGUUACUUUCUGGUGAAAGUUUUCGUGUGCGACGCCGAAGGCGAGCCCGGCGGACAGACCCUCGACGGACUGAUCAUGGAGUCGGAGUUUAACGACUCGAAGGAGGAUGAAAACGAGAUGACCGAGAGCCCACACACGGAAGAUAAGUGUCUCGGUUAUUACGAUGUCAUGGGCCAGUGGGACCCGCCGUUUGUGUGCAUGACGGGGAGCUACCUGUACUGCUGCGGGACCUGUGGCUUUAGGUUCUGCUGUGCGUUCAAGAGCUCAAGACUGGACCAAAGUACUUGCAAAAACUAUGACACCCCUCCAUGGAUGAUGACUGGCAGACCCCCGCCAAAGAAAGCUGACCCGGCGGUGACACAGGAUAGUUCAAAGGAUAAAACUAAUUUGAUUGUGUACAUCAUAUGUGGGCUCGUUGCUAUAUUGGCGCUCGCUGGGAUUUUCACAAGGCUUGCUAUAGAGAAGACCCGUCGACCACCGAGAGAUCAUAUGCAAAGGGUCCUGGCCCAGGUCAUCCGCCACCCGGCCCCAGCCGACCCCAGUGAUGUUAUGGGCCUUUACGGCCAGCACUAUGAGAACUUAGCAACAAGAACCACGGUGAACCACCUCCAGUUUAACAACGUGGAGCCAGGGUCGGCGCUGCUGGCCCAUCCCUACCCAGCGCUGGGGCAGAGGGCCGGCCCCUAUGAGGAGGAGCGGCCUGGCUCCGACAUGAGCUCGUACGCCACCCUGAAGGCUGUGGCGGAGAAGAGCAACGAGAGCCAUUACACCAAUCGGCACCUGUUGGAGAGGGCCACCAAGGGCAACCUCCCCAUGGAGCCGGUGGACAUGGAGGAACCAGAACCCAGUAACCCCUACAGCCCCCUCAAACGCUCCUCCACCACCAGCACGUCCGCCCCGACCGGACACAAGGGCCGGAGCUCCAAGACCCACAGCUCCUGCUCCUCCCUCGGAGCCCACUACGGUACCACCACCACCACCACCAGCAGCAACGUCAGCAGUCCGUCCACUGCCCACCCAGACGUGCUGAAGGGCUGGGAUGGGAGGCACUCCGGACACCGGUACGCCCACGCCCAAAAGAAACACUCGCACAGCGCGGAGAAGGAGCUGCUCAACAUGCGCUACAACAUGCCCCCGCAGCCCUACUUUGUCACCAACAGCAAGACCGAAGUGACCGUCUAAAAGGAUUUGGUUCUUUGUCCGCUUGGCAACGCAGAGGGUAGUGGGGCUGUUUUUUGGCGGUAAAACACGGCGAGGGAAGAACGUCGGAUGGCCUUUUGGGAAGGCUUUGAACAUUUUUGACUUGGAGACAUUGUCGCUAUGGAGCCGAAGAGAAUGGCCGCCGAUUGACACAGACGUUUGCUUUGCUGGAUGCGAAGAUUUAGAAACUGGUGCAUAGAACCACACUCCUCAAUGGUCUACUUAACGCCGCAAUUCUGUUUGUGUAACCCAACCAAUAAUCACUCAACCAAACUUCCUUAAAUAAAAUAAACUUUUAUUCGAGUGGGGUGAAUGCUCAAGCCAAGGAUGACUUUGUUUUAUCUCAAGUAAAUAGGUAGACAUAUUAUAGAGCACAAGUAAAGUGUAAUGUUACUGGUUUAUCAAGAGAUUCUCAUAUUUACACUAUAUUGUGUUGUUUAUAAUAAAUAACCAUAUUUGUAUUGUUAUUCAAAAUUAAUAAAACUUCCAGAUUGAGAA